CUUCAUCGUAGUCACCGCCCAUUGAUUGCUGCUCCGUAUUAGUUUGCCUAACUCUGCCCAACCUGCCCCCCCUCUCCCCCGGCCUGCUGGAGCCUGCCUCACUCCCAGCUCGUCUACCAUGUUCUCGGAAUAUGCGUCGAGAUUCCUAGCCCAGUCGCAGUCCCGGCUCUCCAAUUUCGGCCAGCCGGAUAGCAGCGACCCUCCGAACCGACCGUUGCAAGGAGGUCCCACGCGAUUCUCCCGACAUCCUGCCAAGUCCUCGUACCAGUCCCGCCUCGGAAAUCCCUAUCAGCCCUCAAAUUCCCGAUUCGGAGCCUUCUCGCGGUAUAAUACCACCUCAGACGCCCCGCUCUUCCACAGCGCCUUGAACGAAUUCCGCGAGGAAGAAGAUGAUGACGACGCUAGGGAGGCCGCAGAUCUUCGGGCCCUGCAGCGCUCGCGUCGAGUCUUUGUCUCGAGCCGCUUAGAAGAGAGUUCGGCAUCCGAGAACGACGACAGUCGCAUAUCCGAACACAACGCCGACGCAGCGUACGGCGACCCGUAUUCGAGCGUGAGCCGCCCCGUCGGCGGUAUCAAGAGCAGCUGGAACGGCGAAUCGAGCUUCAAGGAUCGACACCCCAAGCGUGACGCGGCUAGCACGGGACCCGACAGCCCGGGGGGCCACGCGAGCACACGUCAGAAUUCUGAUCACAGCGACGAGAGCGGCAAGAUGGUCGAUAUCGGUCUGGAGUCGACAGUAAUGGAUAACGAAGUGCCCGAGGAUCUCUUGCAGGAGACGCCGGUAGACUCGUCGCCGCCUGCUUUUCAGCAGUUCAAGUCUACCUCCGGUCGCGUAAAGGGCGUGGCCGGCAGAAGGGGCUCGAACCUAGAGCACGAUCCUCGCCUGAUGCGUCAGACUAUUGCCGAGGAGGACGAGGAGGACGAGGAGGACGAAGCUGACGAGCCAGGGCAGCGAAGCGAACUCCCCACGCCUGCACCUCCCCGGAUGUACGGCGAGAUAUUCGUACACGAUCAAUUCUUCGCCUGGAUCUACCUCAUAGCGAUCGCGUCCCUCCUCGCCACGUUCGUGUUGGUAUGGCUGCACACCUCGGUGCCUAGUAGGAAGAUUGGCGACACCAUUUACACGACACUUCAUUCCUCCUUCCACCUCCUGGCUGUGGACACUCUGGUCUCGGUUAUCGUUGCCUUGGUUUGGAUGGCGGCGCUGCGGUCGUUCGUCCAGCCUCUGGCCCUCCUCAUCCUCCUAGGCGUGCCGAUGGUUCUCUUCUCUUUCUCGCUAUACCCCAUAAUCUCCAGCUUCCAGGGGCCAGACCACGGAUCUCGACUGCAGGACGUGGUGAUGAGAUACGCGGCCAUCAUACCGGGCAUCUGCGCGAUCGUCUGGAUGUGGCUGCUAUACAAGGGCCGUCACGAGAUACAGAGGGCGAUCGACAUUCUCGACUUUUCGAGCCGCAUCCUCGCCGCCAACCCGGCACUGGUGCUCCUCGGCUUCGGCUCUCUCGCCUUCGUCGUCGGGUGGACGUGGGUGUGGCUAUGGAUGUUUACCAGGGUCUUCCUCGGAGGCUACUUCUCCAAAUCCCUCUCCGCUUUCGUGAUCGGCACGGCCACCUGGUGGCUCGCCAUCUACUUCUUCAUAAUGUAUGUGUGGACGCUCUCGGUCAUGAGCGGAGUCGUGCGCGCCACGACGGGCGGCACCGUCUCCAACUGGUACUUCUUCCGGAACAACCAGUCGCCCGCGUCGUCGAACGCGAUCGUCAAGGGGGCUCUGGGCCAUUCCACGUCUACCGUGUUCGGUACCAUCUGUGCCUCGACUCUGCUGUCCCUGGCGGUGCGGCUGCCGAUCCUGGUGCUGCCUCGCCGCAUUUCCAGCAUCUUCGAGUUCAUCGGAUGGCGACUGGCCCCACGCCCGGUGUCCGUGCUGACGAACCCGCUCGCGUUGACAUACGCGUCGAUCCACUCGCUGCCCCUGAUGGAGUCGGCGUCGCAGCUCAGCAGGAUCCAGUUCCUGGCCACGGGGCCUACCACGACGCUCACUCCCAGCGCCUUCUCCCGGCGCGGACAGUCGACGGCAUCGCUGAUGCCGUACCGGAUGGCCAAGAUGCUGCUCCACGCGGCACGGUUUGUCAUGUCGACGGCACUGGGUUUCGCGGCGUGGGUCAUGACGGCACGGCAGUUGCAGGUCCAGCUCCCGGACAGUACCGGGAUCAGAGGGAGCGCCUAUGCGUACGUGGUCGGCAUCGUAGCUAGUAUGAUCGGCUGGGGGGUAUUGGGAGCGAUGGAGGGCGUGUUAUCGGGUAUCCUAGACGCGGUGCUCGUAUGCUACGCUAGCGAGAGAAGGCUGGGCAGCGAGCGCGCUACGUACUGUAUCGAGGCGGCCAGGCUGUUUGAGGAGAGGAGAUAUGACGAGAGGGACAUGGUGUGACAGGGAAAUGCUGGGGACGGGGGACGGGG